AAAAUAGUUUUGUUUAAGAUGUAUUGUAUUUGUUAAAUAUUCCUUAGUAAAGAAAGAUGCCUUCUUACGAUCCAAUGGAUUGCAUAGCCCACUUGUUACUGACAAUUUAUUAAGAAAUUUGAACGUAUGUUUCAACGUACAUUAUUAUUGUAAAACUGAGAACAGUUGAACUUGAUUUGAUUUGCAAUACUUCAUAAUAGUUUCUGAUCUAAGUCAAUAUUUAUAUAUACAGAUUCCUUUAUGUUUAGUAAGUGCUUAGUUGGAUUUUUUACAUAACAAAACAAAUAACUGGCCAGUCAUAAUGAAAUGAAAAAAAAGAUCAGAUGAUUAGAAUUCUAUUAUAUUUAUAUAAACGUUAUUUAAUUGGCUAUGUAAACUUUUUAAAUCAUCACAUUCAAAUAUUGUAUGUUUUAUUCAAUUUUCAUACAAGUUUACACAUAGUUUUAGGAUAAUUCUAAUGAUAUGUGCAUUAUUAUUGUCAAAAAUAAUUGAUUACAUUUUUGAUAGGAUGCAAGUAUCCGAUUGAUAUUUGUUAUCCACUUGGAUAUAUACGUAGUAGAAGAUAUGUGGAACUGGAUUUGGAUAUUAUAUUACAUUUUAUGGAUAAACAGCAUGUAUUUGAGCAUAGAAGCCUCCGAAAUUACUAUAUUGUCUCUAAAAGAGUCUGAGAUACUUCGAGAAAAAGUAAAAAAUGAAUGUGAACUCAAUCGAACAUUGGACAAGGAAAAGAAAAGAAAACUAUAAACGGAAACAAAUGAAAAUAUGAAAUUUCAUGAUUGAUCUCAUUUUCGAAACAACCAUUAACUUCUGUUCAUUCAUAUCUGAGAAAUCUCAAAUUUAUUUUCAAACGGAAUACUGUCUUACAGAAUUUGAUUCAGUAUCUUGCUGGCCACCAACAAAGGGUGGAACAAUUGCUAAAAUACCUUGUCCAUCUCAUGUUCCAGGCGUUAAAAUAACUGGGAUGGUUUAUCGCCCAUGUAAUAUGACUAUCAAGACACAAGAUUUAAACGGGAGAAACAUCAUUGUUUGGAAAUUCGAUAGAUCCAAUUAUAGUGAUUGUGUACAUCAUGAAGACAUAAUGGCGAUCCAUUUGCCUAUCAUACAAACUUCUGUGUUUUAUGGUUACGCAAUAUCUAUGAUUUUAUUAUUAAUAGCUACUGGGAUAAUUUUACGGUUUCGACGUCUCAGAUGCACAAGGAAUAAUCUACAUUUGAAUUUGUUCAGUGCAAUUUUGCUACGUUGCGUCUUACAUUUUAUAAAACAUGCAGCAGACGGUCAAGGGGUUAUUUGCAAAGUAUUCACAACUCUUCAUGUGUUUACAAUUGAAGCAACAUAUUCUUGGGUACUUAUGGAAGCACUUUAUCUUCACAACAGUGUUCUUGUUCAUGUAAUGCAUGAAAGUAGGACAUCUUUUAUUCUUUAUGCUUCUAUUGGAUGGUCCCUCCCAAUAUUGGUAAUUGCUGUAUGGGUUUUAUUGAGAAUAUUCGUGACAACAGGUGAUCAAUGUUGGGAUUUAGACAUUGGUUCUGGUAGCCCAAGUAGAAUACUUUUAAUUGUAUAUCCAGCAAUAAUUAUGUUGUUUAACUUGGCAUUUUUCAUCAAUUUAUUACGGGUGAUAUUUAACAAAACACAAUCGCAACCAAUGAGUGAUGCCAAACGUUUAAGGACAUUGUUGAAAUCUACUUCAGUGCUUGUUAUAGUAUUUGGUCUAUAUCAUCUAUUUUUAAUACCGUUAAAUUUAAUGCAAAUUAAUACACAUACUAAUGGACCUGGAUUACUUGAAAUAAUUAAACUUUAUUAUGAACAGAUAAUGGAAGCUUUUCAGGGUUCAUUUGUUGCCAUUCUACUUUGUUUUAUUAAUAAAGAGGUUAUCUCUGAAUUUAAACGUGUUUAUCGACGUAAACAAUAUCUUCACAGUAAUACAGAAAAUCGGCGUCAAAGUGUUUGGUUCAAUAAUCAAGAUGUGCCAUAUGAAUCUGGUGAACGACAAAUAGAUACUAAUCCUGGAAUUAAAUUGUCGAAAAGCCCAUCUUUAAGUUUAAAACAAAAGUCAUUUACCGAUAGAUUUCAUAAAAUAAUAAAACAUCGGUCGAAUGAUAAGUUUCGACGACCAUCUGGUCUAAGAAGACCAUCACCCCUUUGUCGAAAUAGCGCAAUAACAACAUAAUAAAAAUAUUUUAAUUAAUAUUACUUGCAUAAUCUUAAAAUUCUUAUAGAUAUUGUUAUUACUUAUCCUCCAGUAUACUUUCAAUCUUUAUUUUCUUCUGAUGCUAUCUAGUUAAAACGAGUCCAGCUUUCUUUCUAUGUAAGACUAAUAGACAGAGUUAUUUAAGAUGUAUAAAGUUCAAUCGAUAAAGACACACCGAAUCUAUUUCUUACGGUUCCAAACAUUUAUAAAUUAAAUGAUGUACGUUUGUUCGGAUUAUUGAUGAUAACAAUGAUGUUGAUCAUGAUGAUUUGUAUAAAAUAGCAAAAGCCAUUCAAAUGAAUUACAUUUUAUUUGAAUAUCAAAGUUUAUAUUUUGUUGAAUACUUCUGUUUGUUUUUUUUUUAUUUUGCCAACUUCACUGCUGUACAAAAGAUGAUUUCUUUAAAAUUAAUCGGAUAUAAAACUAGUAUUGUAUUAUUUUGAUAUUAAAAAGAAAAUAAUAAUAAAGAUAAAUGUUCUCUA